AUGUCGAUAAUGCGGGUGGUAGCAGUAACAGGUUGUGAUAGCGGUCUCGGAUGGGCUUUAGCUGCUAGAUCAGCUCGGGAAGGGCUGGUGACAGUAGCUGGCAUGUAUAAUGGAGUUAAUACAAAGGCAGCUGAGAGUUUGAAGAAGCUCUGCGUGCACCCUUGCUCGUUAGAUGUGACGAAUCCAGAGAGUGUCGCAGGAUUUCAUGAUUAUGUCAAAUGUUUGCUGAAUGAAAAUCCGAAUUACAAGCUUCACGCGAUUGUAAACAAUGCUGGAGUGAUGACAAUAGGCGACUACGAGUGGCAAACCCCUGCCAUGAUUGAGAACACCGUAAACAUCAACCUACUUGGUACCAUGAAGGUUGUAUCUGCGUUCCUGCCAGAUCUUAGGAAGAGUGCUUUAGAGAAAACAGGGGCACUAAAACCUCGUAUAAUUAACGUAGCAAGCCACUGCGGCUUGCAGCCGUUGCCCGGGUUUGGGCCGUACAGUGCCAGCAAGGCGGGCGUGCUGGCCUUAACGAGAGCUUUGAGGAUGGAACACCGGAGACAUGGCUUGAGUGCCAUAGCUUUUGUACCAGGAGGUUUCGUCGGCUCUAGCAACAUAAUUUCAAGCCAAGGAGCACAAGGGAGCACCAUGCUCGAACAUUUGAAUGACGAACAGAAAUCUUUUUACGGCAAAAGAAUCACAACGCUCACUAAUUAUCUCCAGUCAGCGACGGCUCAUAACGCAGGAUACGAUUCUUUGAAGGACGAGAACAUUAUAGAGACAUUCGUCAAAGCUUUGACGGAUGAUGAUCCCAAAGAACUGUACAAAGUGGAGUCGUGGAGAUACAUGUUCUACUACAAUCUAUUCAAGUUGCCACUUCCAGAAGCCGCUAUAGAAUGGAUUAUGAAAAAGUUUCUUAAUUUUCCUGAAUGA